UUUUUAUGAAUGAAAGAAUCCCACCUCAGAGAGCAGCGAAGUCAUUCCGGGAAAAGGCGGACUGACAUUUUGUCGCUUCGAGCCAGCGGUAAAAUUGUCACAGAUCGGAAGCUACCAAGCUACCGAAGAGGUAUUUGCGAAUCGAUAGGAACAACGACGCGACAUCGGAAGAACCGUAACCAUUUGGAAUUUGCCCAAUAAGCCAAGGACAAAGUGUCUGAAUCUGUGCUGACUGGUUCACGGGGCGGGGGGGAAACUGAGGAGAGUGGUGGCAUCAUGACGACGGAGAGAAACAGCAAAGCCCUGAAGGUGAAGCAGGAAUGCGGCGAGAACGUUCCCUUCUUGUCCGACAGCGAGCUCAUGUCUCUGUCGGUGCGGGAGCUCAACCUGCACCUGCGCGGGAUGUCCCGCGAGGAGAUCCAGAAACUGAAGCAGCGCCGACGCACCUUGAAGAACCGGGGCUACGCCGCCAGCUGCCGGGUCAAGCGAGUGUCCCAGCGCGAAGCCCUUGAACAGCAGAAAAUGGAGCUCCAGAGGGAGGUGGACCGACUGGGGGCCGAGAACGCCGGCAUGAGGAAAGAGCUGGAAGGCCUGGGCGCUCGCCUGGCCGCGCUGCAGAGGUUCGCUAGAGGCCUCGAGGCCGGAGGGGGCAACCUGCUGGCCACUGCGCCGCGCCUUAACACUGCCUCCGUCAUCACCAUCGUCAAGAGUCCAGCGCAAGCUCCGCCUCAGAGGGGCCACGAGUCUUCCUAGGCUCUGUAAACUGACUGAGGGGGUGUGGCACACACGUAUACACAUAUUGGAACACGAGAACUAUAUCGGUAGGAUAAUACUAAACAUCAGUGCUACGCCCACACACGAGUCAUUCACGUAUGACGUCAUCCAGGACCAGACGAGCCACUUCUCCGUCGAAGUGCUCGCUAUUUAAUAAUGGCCAAUGUUCAUUUAUAUUUGCGUGGUUGGAUUGUACAGUACUGUGGAAAACUCUUAGCACCGAUUUGCUGUCUUUGUUGCCAUUUUGCUGCUGAAGUGAAUUGAGGAUCUUAAUUUAGACAAAACUAGUCCUUUGCUGCUAUUUUGAAGCAUAUAUAGGCAAUUACAGUAAAACACAGGUAGUGUCGAUUACUUGUGGAUUUUUGCCCUUUUAGCACUGUAAGGUCUGCAUGUCUUCAAGUCAAUCAGCAGCUAAAAUAUAAUGUCAUUGAAUUUAAGUUCUUUUAAGAAAAAAAAAUCCCCAAAUUGCAACUUUGAAAAUCCUCAGAAUGUAGCUGUUGAAACAAGACUUUUCCACCAUACUGUACAUUGGCAAUCCAGCCUUGCUUACUGUUUUGUUUGAUGCGGGCGAAAAAGCGAAGCUUCCUCUGCUUCUGCUUUUUGGAAACGCAAGCAAAAAAAAAGAAAACUUUACCGUUGAGCUUCCCGCGCAGGUUCUACAAACUUCUGCAUUCCAGGUUCUGUUACCGUAUUUUUUUUUUUUUGGUUAUCACUACCCUUUAAUGGCACAACAGGGUCGUGGAAGGCCGUGAUCUGUAUUCAAAGCAGAUUCGAAUUAUUGCAGGGGUGAUAUUCGGAACUCCUGGGAGCUAGAGGAUGACUGAUGUUCAGGGUUUGUACACCAACACAGUGCCUUCAGUACUUGUGGGAGGUAUCAAACCAAACCUGCUGACCGUCCAUCACACUUUUUUUUUUUUUUGUCUCGGCUCAAAUAGCACACAGCUUACCUGUCCUACAGUUCCUACUGUGCAGUAACGAUUCCGGGACAAGUCCGCUCGACUCCCCAACGUCACGCGUUGGACAUUUAGCUGAAAAACGCGCACAUUCCUCUUUACGUGUUUCUUAUUUGUAAUGUUUGUACGUGCCGUCAAGACGCAAAUGUUGAGUGACAUUUAUCAGAGAUAUAUUCUAUAUUUUAUUUGUAUUUAAAAGUAGAUAUUUUGACAAGACAAGCUAACUGAGUGCUGUGAUGUUAUGUAUGGGUUCAGUACUUCCAUAGUUGAGGGAGGGGGGGGGGAGGUCGGGCGUAUUUUCAUGUCUAAUUGUAUUGUGUGACAACGAUUCCUACUUCACAAAAAUGUUAAAUUAGCUACGUAGAAAGCCGACGGCCAUAUUGCUGUGUGAUGAUGAUUCGUGCACGUGUGUUGUUUUUUUUGCCAUAUUUGUACUGGCUUGCCAUAGUGGAUUCUUGGAGGGAUUUUUUUUUUUCUUUUAUGUUAUUCGUGUGGAGAAAGGCUAAGAAGAAAGAUAGAGGAAGAGAAGAUGAGGGAAGAGGUCGAGAGAUGGAUGAAUGACGGAAAAAGCAAGUGGUAAAGAAAAGACAAGGAAACGAAGGUGUGAAGCGUAUUCACUUGAAAAACCAUAAUGUUAGUUGAAAACGUCGUGACACAAUUACACUUGUGUUGGAAAAAUAAUUCAGAUAUACAAAGCUUCUAUUUAGCUAUAUGAAUAUGUGUGGUUUAAAGAAAAAAAGCAUUUAUCUAUAUUUCCAAUGUCUCACCUCUUGUCAAAUUGUGCUGGAUGUUUUGUGAUACUUGCAAAACAAAAAUGGUCUUUGUAUUUAUUGUACUUUUUCUAUUGUGAAAAUUCAAGUACAUCAUCUAUUUUAUAUAUAUUAUAAUAAAUGUUGUACAUAUUGUACAUAAAAUGG